UGAAAUGGCCGAGUUGGUCUAAGGCGCCAGAUUAAGGUUCUGGUCCGAAAGGGCGUGGGUUCAAAUCCCACUUUCAACACAUUUCUUUUCUUUUUUUUAUUUCCAUUCGCGCCUUUUUUUUUUCUUUUUUUCUUUUUUCCUUUCAAUAGAAUAAAUUUGCAGAGGACUGGAGAAGAAGCUUGCAAAACAAGACUAUAAAAUGGCUCAAGCGGCGAGGCUCAACCUCCGAAUGCAGAAGGAGCUCAAGCUUCUCCUCUCCGACCCUCCUCCCGGCGCCUCCUUCCCAUGCCUUUCCCCCGACUCUGACCUCUCUACAUUCUCUUUGUCUGUCAUCGAUGCCCAAAUGAUAGGUCCCGAAGGAACUGUGUAUGAGAAGGGGGUCUUUAAUAUUAAGAUCCAGAUACCUGAAAGGUACCCAUUCCAGCCUCCUACUGUGACUUUCGCCACCCAGAUUUACCAUCCCAAUAUCGACAAUGGAGGCCGUAUUUGCCUUGACAUUCUUAAUCUCCCACCAAAGGGGGCAUGGCAACCAUCGCUAAAUAUUUCAACUGUUCUUAUGAGCAUUGGGCUGUUACUGAGUGAACCCAAUCCAGAUGAUGGUCUCAUGUGUGAAGCGAGUAAGGAGUACAAAUAUAACAGACAGGCGUUUGACCAGAAAGCUCGAUUUAUGACUGAGAAGUAUGCCCGUCCUGGAGCUAGUGGGUGUGUUCAGUCCAACUCAGAUUCAAGCAUGGUAGAAGUUGAAACAACAGUGAAUGAGGCAAAACAUGAAGGUAACAAGUAUGCCCUUAACCAUAAGAAGAUAUUUGGGAUCAGCAGGAAGCUAACGCUAGAGUCUUUGGACCAGUCACAGGAAAGAGUUAGUGAUGGAGAAGCAAAUGACAAUGAGGCUUCUAACAAACACGCCUUUCUCAAAGACUCUAGUAACCAGAUGAAAGUUGAAGGAACUAAACAAGAGUUACAACAUGUGUCCAAGUUUAAUGGGAACAAGCAGAAGUUAUCACUGGAGGCUUUUACUCAACAGCAGAAGAGAAAUGACAAUGAACAGAAGAAGGUGAUACCAAAUCAACAUUCUUCAUGCAUGUCUGAGGACCUUUCUGUGGCUUCUUUGGGGUCAAUAACGCCGCAAGAUGCAGAUUCUAGCAGGGGAGGGCUUCAUCUUAUCCAGGAUGCUAAAUCAGUAGAUGGUAACAUAAACAUGAAAUCAAAGAAGCUGGGUGGACUUUGUCACAAGCAGACACUAAAAUCUUUGGAAACUGUAGAUGUUACUACGGAGAAAAUAUAUGUGAAUCCUCAAGUGCCAUCUGAGACCAAUGUUAACUCAUUUGAUGACGGUGCUUCAACAACCCUUGCUCUAGACCACAUUAAACUACCUCCCCAAAAGGAUUUAGUUGACAAAAUUGAAAAUGUGUCUUCUAAUACAAGUAAUAAAAGGUUCUGUUCUACAGGAAAGAAGCUGUCUCUCGGACUAAGACGCUCAUCAGGGACACACAAGGAAAAUGUAGAGCCAAAGAGACCAAGUUCUACAGCACUAUUACCAUCGGAGGGCAAGCAAUUGGAAAGUGGACAUGGAAACCACGAGAAGCAAGGGAGAGGCCAGAAACAAUCACUUUGUCCUCUGUCCCGAUUGCAAGUAAGCAAUAACAAGCACAUCCAACAGCAGGACAAUGGGUUGGACAAGAAUCAGAAUUCUCAUCAAGGUCAAAAUGGUAAGCAGCAGGAAGUGGAAGAAUCGCUGAUAUCUGAAGCGGUAAUUGUCGUGGAUAGUGAAGAUAGUGAGGAGGAAAAAAGUGUUACUUUAAGGUCUAAGCCAUUGCUAGCAAGAAAGCGAUUAGGCAAGUGGAAACUUAGAGCCUGAAAAAUUAUGUUUCUUCAACACCAAUGACAAAUAAUUCAAAGAGAUAUCAUUUUGCCUUCAAAUAUCAGAUUUGACAGGGUUGGUGUCUGUAAGUGGGAUGAGGUUCACAAGCUGGAGCAUAUGUAAAUUGUCUGUUUUGGCCAAAUAUGGGCCAUAAAACUAGUGAUGGUGCUGCAACUUUUUGAUAUGAACGAAAACUUAGGUGUAUACUUAUUGUAACUACUAACUAGUAAUACUUUUGUUGACAAAAGCAAUCAAACUAGUUGAUCUCAAA